AUGACGACCAAAGAUGAGCCUGAAGCUGUUGUGGGCAUGCCGAAGGAACCCUACCCUGAAAUAACCCCAACUCAAUCACUCGAACAGCGUCUAGAGUUCAAUGAACAAACGAACUACGUGCCGGUUAAGACCAUCAUCACAAUAUUCCUGGCUUGCGCAAGCGUUGAUCUGCUAGCUUUGAUGGAUCAAACGACGCUUGCAGCCAGUUUGACCAUCGUCAGCAGGGAUCUCAACGCCAGUAACGAAAGUGCUUGGAUUGCGGGCGCAUACUUCUUGACGUCGACGUCAUUCCAACUCCUAUACGGGCGUCUCUCCGACAUAUGGUCCCGCAAGGUGCUCUUGAUCAUCGGCAUUGGCAUCUUCUUUUUCGGCUCGCUAGCUGCUUCCUUGGCACAGUCCGCCCUUCAGCUGAUCGUAUUUCGUGCAUUCAUGGGUGUGGGUGGUGGAGGAUUGAUGACGGUGGCCCAGAUGAUAGUAUCGGACAUUGUACCUCUUCGCGAAAGAGGAAAGUAUCAAGGUAUCCUCGGCUCGGUCGUAGCUUUGGCAAAUGGCAUUGGGCCAGUCAUAGGUGGCGCACUCGCUUCUCAAAGCCAUGAUUCUUGGAGAUGGAUCUUCCGACUGAAUCUGUUUCUAUGCGUUCUGACCACUGGGUCUGUCGUGUUUUUCAUGCCACUCAGAAAGGUCAAUGGUGAAUGGAAGAAAAAGGUAGCAGCUAUCGACUUCUUUGGGGCAUUCCUAGCUCUCGCUGGGUCCGCCUUGCUCGUGCUCGCCUUGACAUGGGCAGGUGGACAGUACGCCUGGAAUUCUGCUCACGUCGUUGCUACUUUGGCAGUCGGAGUUGCAGUCUCAGUGUUCUUCAUUAUAUGGCAGUGGAAAUGUACCAAGGUGCCAUUGAUACCGAUGACAAUAUUCACAUCCAGAGUCGUCAAUGGUGCCGGAAUAACGAUGUUCGUGAAUGGCUGGAACUUUCUCGUUCAGGUUUACUACAUCCCUUCCUUCUAUCAGCUGGUGUAUGGCUAUACAGCUGUGAAGUCCGGCGCACUACUACUUCCCAUCACACUCACACAAACUCUUUUCAGCACACUUUCAGGCCUCGUUGUACACUGGACUGGCCGGUAUAGGGAAUGUUUGCUUGUGGGUUGGGCAAUAUGGGCGAUUGGCUUGGGCCUGAUAUCGACACUUGACAGCCCUUCUCUUGCGAAACAAAUAGGCUACGGUCUACUCGCUGGUCUUGGACUGGGAAACACGCUGCAAUCUUCGCUAAUCGCUGUGCAGGCAGGCGUGGAGCGCAAACACAUGGCUGUUGUCACUUCGACGCGUAACUUCAUACGCAACCUUGGCGGCACUCUUGGUCUCGCGAUCUCCGGCACGAUAAUCAACAACACGGUUCGCUUCUCAUUGGUUCCAUACGGGCUUUCAAAACCAGAGAUUCGAAUGCUACUUGAUACGCCAGACAUGUUUCGCGAUUCAGUUGGCCAGGAGCGUACGGACUUAAUCCGCGCUGCACUUGCCUCGGCCUAUCAGCAAGGUUUUCGAGUGAUUUUCAUUGUUGGAGCAGUGUUGAAUGCACUUGCAUUCGUCGCUGCUUGGUUCUUGAUGCCUCAAGUGGAGCUGUCAAGGAAGGACGAUGCUCAGCUGAAAGAAGAGGGCAAGAAAAGGCAAGAGGAGAAACGUGGCAGGACUGGUUCUGCCUAG